GUCCCUUCUCCAGCUGCGCAGAUUGCUUCAGAGGAUGGCCCUCCGUGGAGUUUGACCCCUGAGCCCCGAUAGUGAAAAUAAUACACUUCUCACCAGAGCCACGUGAGACCCAAGGAGUAACUUCGGGCCAUUAGUUUAACUUUGACUCUAAAUAUUCCUUCUGGUUCCUUGUGACACCGUUAACAGCUCCGCUGGCAAAUCCUGAUUCUCUGGCAAUAUUUAAGCUGCCUGUCAGUUGGCAGAGUUUGGUGGUGCCCGGCGCAGGGAGCAGAAUGAGACCCAGCUGAGCGCAAUAUAUGCAUCAAGAUAAAGAAACCCUUGGCCUGCAUACGAAGCCAUGGAGCCCACCAGCAGCACCCCCUCCUCUGUCACCCCCCUGUGGGAUGUGUUUCCCCAGAAGACACUGGACACCAUAGACAUUGUUGUUCUUGUGCUGUACUUUGUGUUUGUCCUUGCAGUUGGGCUGUGGUCCAUGUGGAAGACGCAGCGCAGCACUGUGAAAGGCUAUUUCCUGGCUGGGGGACAGAUGGUUUGGUGGCCUGUGGGUGCAUCCCUGUUUGCCAGCAAUGUUGGAAGUGGCCACUUCAUUGGCCUGGCUGGGUCAGGAGCUGCCUCUGGAAUUGCCGCAACAGCCUACGAGUGGAACGGGAUGUUCUGUGUUUUGGUGCUGGCCUGGCUGUUUCUGCCCAUCUACAUAGCAGCAGGGGUCACCACCAUGCCCGAGUACCUGCAGAGACGUUUUGGAGGCAAAAGAAUUCAGAUGUUCCUGGCAAUUCUCUACUUGUUCAUCUAUAUCUUCACCAAAAUAUCUGUGGACAUGUAUGCUGGGGCCCUCUUCAUCCAGCAGGCCCUGCACUGGGACCUGUACAUCGCCGUGGCGGGGCUGCUGGCCAUCACUGCUGUCUACACGGUUGCAGGUGGCCUGGCUGCUGUGAUCUACACGGAUGCCCUGCAAACCCUCAUCAUGCUGAUCGGGGCUGUGACUCUCAUGGUCUUCAGCUUCAUUGAAGUUGGUGGCCUUGAAGGUUUGCAGACAAAAUACUUCGAUGCCAUUCCCAGCACCCGCAAGGAGAACAGCAGCUGUGGCUUGCCAAGGGAAGAUGCUUUUCACAUUUUCAGAGACCCUGUUAACUCUGACCUUCCCUGGCCAGGAGUUCUGGUGGGAAUGACCAUCCCAUCCCUGUGGUACUGGUGUACAGAUCAGGUCAUCGUUCAGAGGUCCCUUGCUGCUAAAAACCUCUCUCAUGCCAAAGGAGGCUCCUUGAUGACCUCCUACUUGAAAAUUCUGCCCCUCUUUAUGAUGGUCAUGCCAGGCAUGAUCAGCCGGAUUCUCUUUCCAGAUCUGGUGGCCUGUGCAGACGCGGAAAUUUGCCGGAAAAUCUGUGGCAACCCCUCUGGCUGCUCUGACAUUGCUUAUCCUAAGCUGGUCAUAGAGCUUCUGCCUAUAGGACUCAGGGGCCUGAUGAUGGCAGUGAUGAUAGCAGCUCUCAUGUCCUCCCUGACUUCCAUCUUUAAUAGUGCCAGCACCAUUUUCACCAUGGACCUCUGGAAACACUUCCGUCCCCGUUGCUCCGAGUGGGAACUGAUGAUUGUUGGCAGGGUCUUUGUGCUGCUGCUCACUGUGAUCUCCAUCCUGUGGAUCCCUCUGGUACAGGCUGGCCAGGGAGGGCAGCUCUUUAUUUACAUCCAGUCCAUCAGCUCUUACCUGCAGCCCCCCGUGGCAAUGGUGUUUAUACUGGGCUGCUUCUGGAAAAGAACUAAUGAAAAGGGCGCGUUCUGGGGCCUGGUGGUGGGGCUGCUGCUGGGCCUGGUCCGGCUGGUGCUGGACUUCAUCUACCCAGAGCCCCGGUGCGGCGACACCGACCUCCGCCCGGGCGUGGUGAAGUACAUGCACUACCUCUACUUCUCCAUGGUCCUGGCUGCCAUCUCCACGCUGACCACGCUGGCUGUGAGCAUGUUGACAGAGCCCCCCACGGCAGAAAUGAUAAGUCGGCUUACCUGGUUCACACGUGGGGAUCUACCAGUCAAGAAAGACCUAGCAGUCAGCCCUUGCCCUGAUGCUGCAAAAGGAGUGUGUGAAGCUGAGCGUCCAGCUCUCCAGAUUGAUAUAAGCAUUGCUUCUGAAAAUAGUUCAAAUGAUAAUAAAUGUCCGACUCAGGCCAAAGGGGCCUCGAGGGUGCUGACCACCUUCCUGUGGCUGUGCGGGAUGGAGCGCAAGCAGGAGGACGCGGUGCCGACCAAACCUGAGCCCCUUCCUGUGGCUUCCCUGGAGGAGAAACCGCUGGUGAAACACGUCCUGAACAUCAACUUGCUGUUGUGUGUAUGUGCUGGGAUCUUCCUCUGGGCCUACUUUGCAUAG